AUGGUGUCAGAGACAGUCGAAGCCAAUGGGCCACUCUACCCAGAUUACCUACCCUUCUAUGACCCCCUCGAAAAGGUCGAGAUGGUCGGGCCAUUCGAGCACGAUGACCCGGGCCACCGAGCCGAUCCAUCAUUCCCGAACCUUUUGGAAAAAGCGACUAAUGUCCUGGAAUUGAGCCCUCAUUGUGGAACAGAGCUUCAGGGAGUUCAGAUUUCGGAGCUGUCAACCCAGGGCUUAGACGAAUUGGCCCUCAUGGUCGCAGAACGCGGAUGUUUAGUGUUCAGGGACCAAGAUUUUACGAAUCUGGGCUUUGAGAAGCAGAAGGAGAUCGCCUCUCAUUUUGGGCCCCUUCACAAACAUGGAUGGAUGCCUCAUCCUAAAAAUGGUCCUGAGGAGUUUGUCAUCGUCUAUGACUCCAAGGAUGACUUGCGUAUUCGCAAAUCUUGGGCAAGAAAAAGCCCUAUUCAAUUCCACGUCGAUCAGUCCCCUGAGUCUCAGCCUCCUGGUGCGACAUUCUUCUGCAUGCUCGAGUCCCCUCCAGGAGCGGGUGGAGACACGGUCAUUUCAAACAUGGCCCGCGCAUUUGAUCGCCUUUCUCCUUCAUUCCGCAAGCGACUUGAAGGCCUCAAAGCCGUUCACACCACAGCAAACCCAAUCAUGCGUGAGAUCCGCGACAACGGCCCGGAUUCAGUCUUGCGUCGCCCUAUCACUCGAACCAUUCACCCAGUCGUAGUUGUUCACCCUGUCACUAAAAGAAAAGCUCUAUUUGUCAACUCCUCCUACACCCAAAGCAUUGUUGGCUGGGAUGAGGAAGAGUCAGACUACAUGCUGAAGUUUCUGUUCGAUCAUAUCAAUCGCGGUCAUGAUUUCUGCUGUCGCGUGCGAUAUGAGCCUGGGACUGUGGUUAUCUGGGAUCAGAGAGUGACGCAGCAUUCGCAGACCUUGGAUUAUUCAGCUGGUUCUCGCAGACAUGCUUUCCGCUUGACACCGCUGGCUAAUGUGCCGAUUCCCAGUUUGAUUGAGGAGGAUGAUGGAGAAUGUGCUAAAGAUGAAGGGAGGAUGCUGCUCAAUCUGUGCUGA